ACUAAGCUGUCAUGCUUUCUGCAAGAAGUUUAGCAACCCAAGCAUUGAGGCCUCAUUCAUUAGGAAAAAUGCAGAAAAUGGCGCUCUCCGCAUCUCAGACACUGAGCUCUGCAGAUGACAGCCAACUACCAACGAUGCCUCAGGCUCGGCACUUCCCAGCCAUGAAGACACCCAUGCUCCCACCAGACACGUUCAAGGGCAAGGUGGCGCUUAUCUCGGGCGGCGGCACCGGCCUGGGUAAGGGCAUGGCCACCAUGCUGAGUCAGCUGGGAGCUCAGGUGUGCAUCAUGAGCAGACGGCAGAAGGUGCUGGACGAGGCGGCGGCCGAGGUGACGGCGCUGACGGGCGGUGCCGUGCUGCCCGUGUCGGCCGACGUGCGGGACCCGGCCGCCGUGACCGCCGCCGUCGACGCUUGCGUCGAUCGACUCGGCGUGCCCGACAUCGUCAUCAACAACGCCGCCGGCAACUUCAUCUCGCCCACCGAACGGCUGUCUGCCAACGCCUGGAGGACGGUGGUGGACAUCGUGCUGAACGGCACCGCCUACCUCACGCUGGACGUGGGCAAGCGGUGGAUCAAGGCCGGGCGGGGCGGCGUCUUCCUCAGCAUCACCACCACUUACACCCGGCUGGGCUCCGGCUUCGUCACGCCCAGCGCCUCGGCCAAGUCGGGCGUUGAGACGCUCACCAAGAGCCUGGCAUCAGAGUGGGGCCGCUACGGGAUCCGGCUGAACUGUAUCGCGCCCGGUCCGAUCGAGACCGAGGGAGCCUUCUCGAGGCUCGACCCAAGCGGCGAGUUCCGGCGUGUUGGCGUGAAAGCCAUCCCGGCCGGCCGUUUCGGGGAGCCGGAGGAGCUGACUAACCUGGCGGCGUACCUCGUCAGCGACUACUCCUCCUGGAUCAGCGGGGAGAGCGUGGCGCUGGACGGCGCUGGACUGCCGUUCCGCGGUGGCGAGUUCAACCAGCUGUCGCGCGUCACCCCCGAACAGUGGGAUCUCAUGGAGCAGAUGAUCCGCUCCACCAACAAGCAGUCGAAGCUCUGAGGUCGGACGGCGGGACCGGCUGCCACCGCUACCUCGGCGGCUGCAGCGCUCAGGGAUCCGUCGGUGGGCGGCGGCGAUGACAACUCCCGAUCGCCUGCGGUCGCGCGCGGCCGUAAGUCAGGACUGUCUGCUGCCAGCUGCGGCGCGGCAGCCGUGUGACAGGGUCGAUAGGAUAGCGUGUGUGGCGGUGUCGUGAAGUAUCCUGUUGGGGAGUGAGGGAGGAGCGUGGUACUGGGAGCGGAGCGUGGCUGUCGGAGCCACGAUGGCGUGUGGGAGCUGCUUGAACCGACAUGAAAUAUCCAAGCAGCAUUGAUACACUAUCAGGCGACAUUGCAAUGCAAACUGGACGGAGACUGAAGGAGUCGUGUACAUGUUACGGAGUGCAGGGCUUGUAGGAGUCUGGGACGAUUUUUUACUGUUAUAUGUGGUCCUCGGAUUUUUGCCGGAAUUAUGCGUACGUGCACAACUGGAGAAGCGAUAUAUCGAGCGGUCGUAAGCAAGAGAGGCCGACGUAUGUGUUGUAUGCGGUCGUAGGUUGAAAUAUAAUAACCAGCUGUUACCGGUAA